GGUAUAGAGUAGAAGCUGGCGGAAAGUUGUCACGCUUUUAUUUUUAUUUCUAAAUUUCUUUGAAACUUAUUAAAGACUUCUAUGCAAAGAGACGUUUUACUUUUUGUGUCGCUAAUAAAAUCAGAUUAACUUAUCGAAAACUGUUACCAAACGUAGUAAUAAUAGGGUUUAUGAAAGCAACGUGAUGCCAAGAAAGCCUUGUUAUUGGACACGCAAGUUGGAGCUCGAACUUGUAGAAUUCAUACGCCAAAGAGAUUUCAUUUGGAAACCUUACGGUAACACAAAUCACCAUAUUCAGCAGAAAUAUAAAGCAUAUGCGGAGUUUGCUGCGAAACUGGGACGCGGAUUCACGGCAAGAUCAGUAAGGGAUCGGUGGGUGAACAUAAGGAGCACAUUUAAUCAUAACCUCAGGAGGGUUGAUAAAUCUAAAGAGAUGGCUCGUACACCAGCAGACAUGUAUGUGCCUUGUUGGCCCCUAUGGAAACCUCUACAGUUUUUAAGAGAAGUUCCACGGAAAGAAGAAACUGUAAAUUAUGAUGGGUUUCCAGUACAUACUGAAUAUCAUGAAAAUUCACUGCAACCUAAAAUAGAACAAUCUCCAAAUGAUGAAAAUGGACUAUUGAGAAUCAGACAGAGAGGUCAAAGAACUGAUAGGCCACGUCGCAAAACAUCUUUGCUAUCUUCCAUACCUACAGUUAAAUGCAUCACGGUUAUAGAAGAUCUUGUGACAGCUAUGAAACCUCUCAGUAGUGUGAAGUCAGAUCAAAAAAGUUCAUAUUGGUUUUUUGGUAGGCAUGUCACUGAGAGACUAAAUUGUAUGAGAGAGGAAGAUGCAGAGUCUGCUAGUAGAGAAAUAAUGAAACUAUUAAGUAAUUGGCAAUCAACUGAAAUCAAAUCUGAGGAUUUAUUUCAAAAUAUCACUUGAUAUCAUUGACGUGUUCUUCUUUGGUUUCCAUUGUUCCUCAAACUUUCAAAUCCAAGUUGCCCAUGUAAAUGUUAUCCUACUUUGUCUUUGAAAGAGAGAAUUCGUUGUUGUUGAAAUUGUAUGCUCAACUUCAAUGUUGAUUCAUUCUUGUCUUCCUGUUCAUUCGUGGGAAAUUUUGUACUCUGUGACUAGAAUUACCUGAUCUGUGGUGAUUAUUUUAAGCAUGUUAAAAGUCUAUCUAAUUAUUCCAACAAACUUGAAAUAGGGUGUGGUGAUUCAAUUUAAUUUUACUUAACACUAGUCUAUUUAAAGAAUUUUCUGUUUUUUGGAAUUCUAUAGGUUCCAUGUUCUUUCUGGGAAAUGUUUCCUUCAGCUUUUCUAAUGACCAAUGACCAAUUUUUUGAUAAAAGAUACAGUCUACUGCUCACUGUUCUACACUUUUAUUAUUUUAUCAAUCCAUUUUAUGACUUUAUCUUCCUAAUUAAAAAUGGUCUGUUUCUUAAUAUUAUCCGGUUACUACUGUAAUAUUGUAAACCUUAUUGAUUACACCAAUCACAACCAACCAUUAAAUUGAUAUUACAAAAUAGAUGUUGAUGAGAAUUAAUUGUUAUUAAAUUGGGUAUAUACCAUCUAUGAAUCUGAUCUUAAACAAAAAUCUUGAUCCAUCUAUUAUAAUGUGGAAAACAAUUCAGUUACAUGUAAUUGUUUAUGGUCUUAUUAAUGGUGAAAUGACAAUUCAAAGUAAAUUAUUUUCAAGUAUAAGAUUUUUCUUUUAUUUUUCUUUCUAAGUAUUUUUCUUGAAUGAUUCUUUGCACAUAUUAUUUAUGUGGUCUAAGUCAAGUGAUUUUGCUUAGUAUUAUAGCUAGGACUAGUAUAAACACUGAUUCAAGUGAAAAGCCAACAACGGAAAAAAACAGAGUAGAGAUUGUGUUCUAAUUCAUCCUUUGGCGGUCCAAGGUUCAGUAAACAGUUGAAAUGCAUGUUGCUUCAAAGUUUAUAAGUUGUGACUCUGGGCCUUUUAAUAAAACACAUUUUGCAAUGAUUGUAUGAAAGACAUGUGUUGACAAUGCAAGUAUUGAAUCAUAUUGUAAUGAUGCUCAAACAAAGCCACAGAAUAUAAAGCAGCAUACAAAUAGCUGUGCAGCAAGUGCGGGGUGCGGGGGGUAUCAUUGAAUUACAUUUACAUUCGAAGCGCCUUUAAUUGCUUUUUCUAAUUGAGUUUCGAAGCUGUUGGGUUUAGGUUCUGACAGUUACUUUACCUACUUCUACCACUUCCGAAUAUUUUUUUGUCAUUUCAGUCAGUUGUUGUAGUGGCAGGAUAUAGACGCUUUUUGCCUAUUUGUCAAGUUACAAACCAUGAAGUUUCUGGUGUUAUUGUGGCACAGAGCUACGUUACACUUCGUGCACUCACGCGUUUAAAACUCCUAUAAUUUGGUAGUUUACAACGAUUUUCUCACAGCGCCUUUCAUGGUGGGCAAUGCAAUCGGUCCUAAUAUACUUCGGUGAUACAUACGAUGUUUUUCCUACCUUGGAAUGCAAAUCUAAUUCUCUUUCUAGACUGUCUCUAGAAGGCCUGUCUCGCUUGUUUCCAUCACCAUUUACUUUAUAUUUAUAUAGUAUUCGGCCGAGUCGGAUUUAAAUAGACUCACCAAUUUUCUGAUUUUUAAUUAACUUUUUUGUAUAAUAUCCAGAAAUUGAUAACGCUCAAAUCAAUCAUGUGGUAAAACAACCGCAAAUACCAUUUUCUGCUCUUUAUUCUGAUUCCAUAUCGUCCUAAAAAUGUCCAUCAGUGCCCAUGUAGGCAUUAUAAUUUUAUAUUAUCUCGGGACAUGGUAUUGAAAUAGUAACCUAUGGUUUAACAUUCUUGGAACAUUUAGGCAAAGUUGAAACAUGGUACUGCCAACUACGCUAAGGUCGGGCUCAUCAGGUUGGCAUUCCUCGUUACAUUAACCCUAGAAGCCUAAUCUAUAUAGAACGUACACAAAGCCUUAAUAUACGUCUCAGAUAUUGUUUAAUUAUUAUUGUUUUAAUAAAGCGGAAAUUUGAAUUUGGGAAAUAAACUAAAAAUAAAACCACACUGUUAUCACUUACAGUAUUCCAAAUUUAAUAAUGCGCAUACAGAUCUUCGCCACUGUUCGGCUACGGUCGUAUUUCCCGAGCGUCGGGAGACGAUAUCUAUAUAGAGUGGAAAAUACAUUUAUUUCUUGCAUAAUUUAGUAGAAUUAUGGAAUUUAUGGGAAAAGAGAUAAAUAUUGAUUUAUCCGUAACGAUAUGUGAUUCGAUAAUUCCAUGUAUGUAAAUAGCGAGGAAAGCCACAUAAUUACGGAUAUUAUGUUACAAACUUAGUCGGAUUGAUUUGCUUUGAAAAUUUUAUAUUACUUUUCAAGUGUCUUACUGAAGCUGCUUUAACGAUGGAAGAAAAGAAGGUUUAGAUGAAAAGAAGAA